AUGAGAAAGAACGAGUAUGACUUUUAUGUAGAUGAUCAAGUCACUUUUAAUAAAUAUCAGCUCACUCUAAAAUGCAAAUAUCAUACAAAGAUUUCGAUAUUAAAAUAGUAUUUGUUGAAAUACAUCAAAAAAAAUUUUGAUAUUAUGCAUAAUGAUGUCACUCUCAAAGAAUCUAUGACUUUGGACGAGGUUUUCUCUAGAUAUUGCUAAAAUACCAUCAUUCUAUUGAUAAAAUAAGAUCCAAUGAUCGAUGUUUUGGUAAAACAUUCGAUUCAGUAUCAAAAUUUAAGAAGAUCAAGACCAACUUCAAAUGAGGCUUUAGAUGAAAUAUUUCCUCUCGAAAUUAAAAACGACUAAGAAAAUAUGAAGAAUCCAGUUGUUAAACAUGAAUUAGACACUCUGCCAUCUACUACUUAAAAGAAAUGUUCGAAUUGCGGGAUUUAAAAUAAAAUGAUUGAGAAUUAUGAAAGUUCAAUAUCUAAUCUAAUACAAGAAAAUGAAUAACUUCAAUUAAAGAUGAGACAACUUAAAGAAUAAAGAAAUAUUAGUAAAUAAAAAGAGAGCAUUGCAGUAAAUAGCUACAGACAACUAAAAAGAUCAUGA